GACAGACAGACAGACAAAAACAAGAUACAAAGUAAGGUACUGCAAAGCCAGCGCAGAGCUGCAGGUGGGGCUGCCUCAUCUCACUGCUCAGCCUUCACAAGACAGGUGAAGUCCUCCCCUGCCCCCUUCCCACUGCUCCUUCCAUCCACAAUCCUCCUGUGAUCUAGCCCUUACUCACUUCCUUUCUGUUCCCUUUCCUACAUUCCUUAGGCUGAUCCCUUCCUCCACCCUGUCCCUCUACCCCCAACACCUCCUUUUCCGUUAUCUUUUCUUAUUUCCUCACUUCUUAUUGGGGUCCUGGGAAAUGCCAGCACCCACACCCACACUGCCUGGUCUAUUCAGUACUCCCCGAUUGUAGCCCUACCUGUCUCAACACCUUCCUAUGUGUUUCCCUUGGCUUCUAGUACAUUCCACCCACGAUCACUUCAGCUUAGCCCCACUGCUCCCUUUGUCCUGCACAGAACUCUGGCCAGGGCCCAUGACACCUUCAUCUCUUCCAUAAGCACUCCCCUCUGCCAGUUUCUGUGUCACCCCAUUCUUCCCCCACUUACCCUCUGACUGCCUCUAGAAACACCUCCUUAACAAAGCCCUUGGUCCAUCCCCCCCCCCCACACACACACACAACUCCCUCUUGUGUUGAUUCAGUCCUUCCCCUAAUUUUUCCCUCUCAAACUCCACACUUUCCCAUUCACAGCCAACCUCCUCUCUUCCCUGGGGGACCACUUCCCACUAUGUCCCCCUGAGCCUCCAAGGAGGGGGCUCAGGGAGCCCCAUGGUCUCCCCCCCCCGUGUCCCCACAGACCCCGGGGGCUAUGGGAAGCUCCUGAAAGGCCCAGCGCUGAGGAUGGGCAACCACAGCUGGGAGGGCUGCCACGUGGACUCCCGCAUGGACCACCUCUUCCCACCUUCCCUCUACAUCUUCGUCAUCGACAUGGGGCUGCCCACCAAAUGCCUGGCACUGUUGGCUGCCUACUGCCCGGUGCUCCAGGGCAAUGAGCUGGGUGUAUACCUCAUGAACCUGAGCAUCAUCGACCUGCUAUACAUCUGCAUGCUGCCACUCUGGGUCGACUACUUUCUACAACAUGACAACUGGAUCCAUGGCCAUGGCUCUUGCAAGCUCUUCAGCUUCAUCUUCUACACCAACAUCUACAUAAGCACUGCCUUCCUGUGCUGCAUCUCGAUGGACUGCUACCUGGCCGUGGCCCACCCGCUGUGCUUGACGGACCCCAUCCUCUACUACCUGGUCAACAAAAGCACCCCCAGUGACGUGGCCAAGGCCCUGCAUAACCUGCUGCACUUACUGGCCAGCGACAAGCCCCAGGAGUUGGCCAAUGCCUCCCUCACCCUGGAGACCCCACUCACUUCCAAGAGGAACAAGGUGGCCAAGGUCAUGGAAGCCGUCUGGGUGGCAGCUCCAUCCUCCUAG